AUGAUGGUUGCGGGUGGUGGAUUGCGGGCUGUUGCUGGAGUGGUGCUUCGGCAUCGUCAGCAGACCGCGGCCGUUGCUCGUGUGGCCGGUGUGCGGCUCCUCUCCUCCUCGCCAUCGGCUUCGCUUUCCUCCUCAAGAGACGACCUGGCUUCUGUCCUCGGAGAAGUUCGACCGAGGUCCAGUAUCACCAACAAGUUGUGGCGCGCACGCAAUUCCAUCACAAAGGAGGAUGCCCACAAGCCGUCCCAGGUCUUGACAAAGACCAUGGCUGACAGCUACACGGAGGUGUGCCUGCCAUUCUCCACAGACAAGUUACUGCAGGAAGAAUACCUGACCUAUGCAGGCUCCAUCCGCGUCGGAAAGAUUCUGGAGGACCUGGAUGCCCUCGCCGGCACCAUCGCCUAUCGCCACUGUGACGACACGACCCACUACGGUCCCCUGACUAUCGUCACUGCAUCCGUUGACCGCAUCACCCUCCUCAAGCACUGCGGCAAGCAGGUUGCCACGUUCACGAUGGUGGCGCGCGAUCCCGUGACCAAGUCAGCGUACCCCGUGAACAAGCUCAAGGCAACAACACCAGAGGAGGAGGAGAUCAUGAAACUCGGCGAGCACAACAAGCGUGUCAGAAAGCGCGAGCGGGAGCAGUCUGUGCACCGCCAGCCGCCGACGGAGGAGGAGCGAUUGAUUGUGCAUGAUCUCUAUCUCCGCUCCAAGGACACCACUCGCAAGCGCCCGCUCGACACAUUGUGGAUGGUGGAUACGCAGCGCCAGUCCAUGCGCAUGUGUCACCCGAUUGAACGCAACAUUCACAACAGCAUCUUUGGCGGCUUCAUCAUGCGGGAGGCGUUUGAGAUUGGAUGGAUGACUGCUGUGCUCGCCGUUAAGGACCACCCAUUCCUGCUUGCCGUGGACGACAUUUCAUUCCAGCACCCGGUUGAGAUUGGAUCCCUGCUCACGUUCUCUUCCAUGAUCACAUACGCACCGGGGAAUGACAGCCGCGCCCUGCAAGUCGAUGUCCGCGCUGAAGUCAUCAGCCCAACGACUGGCCAGAGCAAAGUGACCAACACGUUCCACUUUACGUUCUCUGCGCCUCACCCGACCGUGCCCACGGUUCUCCCCAGGACAUACGAGGAGUCCAUGUGGUAUCUUGACGGACGCCGUCGCUUCCUGAAGAGUCGCGAGGAGUGCAGACAGCUCUGCCCAGACCUGCUCAAGUACUACUGA